GCAGGAAAUGAUCCUUGCAGGGAUGAAAAUUAUAAAGAUCUAAACAAUGGCGAUCGUAGCGUAACAUUCACCUCGUCCAGUGAUAACAAAUGUGACAGAGACGACCUAGCAAAUGAGUGGUAUUACUGGUACAGAGUGUCAGGAAACGCUGGUAAUGCUUUAGCAGCUGAAACAGCCCCGAAUAACAACGCUUGUGGGACAAAGACGCAAGUUUAUCUCUACGGAAGUCAUCCUUUCCCAAGUGAGGGCAAAGUUACCAGAAAAAUUUGCCUUCGUACAGCAAAUCAUGUUUGCGAAAAUGAAGGUUCCAUCCAGGUUAUUAACUGUGGUGCUUUUUACAUGUACAAGCUUGUCGAAUUUAAAAGUAGCUGUGGUUCAACCGGAUGGCGAUACUGCACCAACGGGGUAGAAGGUGAAUAAUCCUUAAGAACUGUGAUAAUAAUAUCAUUUAGUAAGAAUCCUCCUGUCACAGCGAGAUUAAUUUAAGGAAAUGAACCUGAAUAUGAUAUAAGGAAUUGA